AUGCGGGCGCACGUCGCGCGCGCGAAGCCCGCUGCGGCGCUGGCGAGCAGGCCGGCCGCCGCGAGCCAGACGCGCCGGCGCGCGGCGGUCGUCGUGCGCGCGGAACAGAAGACGAAGCUCACAGUCUCAGCAAGGAAGGAGUCGGAGGGUGACGGCCAGCUGGUGCUGGUUGGCUCCAGCCCCGCGCUCGGCCAGUGGGACGUGACCAAGGCCCUGAGGACCGCGACGAGCGACGGACGGGUCUGGAGGACCGAGGUCGAGCUCCCGCGCGGCUCCCGCACCGAAUUCAAGCUCGCGCUCGUCCGGCCCGACGGGUCGACGGUCUGGGAGAACGUCGGCAACCGCACGGCGAAGCUUGCCGACGGCGCCACGAAUCUCGAGCUGCUGUGCACCUGGGACGACGAACACUCGACGGAGAUCCGGCCGAUGGCGAAGAACGGCACGCGCGCGGGGGACCACUUCCGGGGGUCGAACGUCGGGCCCGUGGAGGCCGCGGACGAGUACGUUCGCGCGAUCGCCGGCGGCAUGGCCGAGACGAUGGUGCGCUUCUGCGACGGGCUCGUGCGGCGCACGGACGCGCAGCGCAACUGGGCGCAGAGCCAGGGCCGGCGCGCGUUCCUCGCGCGCAACGCCGAGAAGGCCAAAAUCCGCAUCUCGACCAACUACGAGACGGGCUUCGGACAGACGCUGGCGAUCGUCGGCGACGGUCCGUGGCUGGGCGACUGGGACGUGGACCGCGCGCCGCGCAUGAAGUGGCACGAGGGGCACGUGUGGCGCGCGACGGUCGAGCUGCCGCGCGGCUUCGACACCGAGUUCAAGCUCGUCGUCGUCAACGACGGUGGCGGUGCGAUCUGGGAGGAGGGCGAGAACCGCAUGGCGUCGCCCGCGAAGGACUCGCAGUUCGUCGACCUGUGGUGCAACUGGGGCGACGUCUACUCCACGCACGUCGUGCCGCCCUCUAAGCUCAAGGUCUACACCAGGUACGAGACGGCCUACGGGCAGUACCUGGCGCUGAUCGGCGACGGCCCCGCGCUCGGCGACUGGGACAUCAACAAGGCGCCCAGGAUGGAGUGGAGCGAGGAGCACGUGUGGAAGAAGGAGGUCGAGGUGCCGCGCAGCUCCGAGACCGAGUUCAAGCUCGUCCUUCUGAACGACGCCGGCGAGCAGCUCUGGGAGCAGGGCAUCAACCGCGUCGCGCCGGUGUCGGACUCCGCGGAGAGCGUCGAGGUGGUGUGCGACUGGGACUACACCGCCGCGACGAGCGUGGCGACGUUCCGCGAGCCGGAGCCGCACCAGCGGCCCCAGCAGCCGCAGCCGCACUACGUCACGCACCACCAGCCCGACAGCUUCCACCAGCGCGAGGGCAGCCAGCACGACAACCACUACGCCAGCAACAGCUACUCGCAGGGCUACUCCGAGGACAUGACGCGCCUCCGCGUGUCCACGCGCAAGGCCACGAUGAGCGGGUACACCCUCGUCCUCGUCGGCGACGGCCCCACGCUCGGCAACUGGGACGUCACUAAGGCCCCGCGCAUGACGAUCGGCGACGGCAACAACCUGUGGUACGCCGAGGUCGACGUGCCGCGCGGCGCGAGGACCGACUUCAAGCUCGCGAUGGAGAAGCCCGACGGGUCGUACACGUUCGAGGCCGGCGCGAACCGCGUGGCGUCGCCCUCGGAGAAGUCGACGUUCAUUGAGUUGUCCUGCGAGUACGACAACACCGCGUACACGAUCCUCGCCGCGGCCGAGGAGGCCGUGCCGCGCUGGAACGAGCCGCAGCACGAGCACCACCACCACGAGCAGCACCACGAGCCCGCGCCGGCGUACGCGGGGGAGAUGGCGACGAUGCGUGUGUCGACGCUGCACGAGACCGCGCUGGGGCAGUACCUCGUGCUGGUCGGCGACGGCCCGGGCCUGGGCAACUGGAACGUCCGCAAGGCGCCGAAGAUGACGUGGUGCGACGGGCACCUGUGGCAGGCCGAGGCCGAGGUGCCGCUGAACCGGGAGACGCGUUUCAAGCUCGUCCUGUGCUCGGACAACGGCGACGAGAUCUGGGAGGCCGGCGACAACCGCGCGGCGGUCAUUUCCGAGAAGUUCGUCGACCUCGCGUGCCUGUGGAACGACACGGAGGCCACGUUGAUCGUCCCGAUGUCGGCGCUGAACGAGGCGGCCGAGAGGGCGAUCGAGCGCGAGCGCGCCGAGGCCGAGCAGGCUGCGCGCGAGGCGAACGGCGGUGGCGGCUGGGACGGCUGGACGGAGAGCCCGCAGCUCGCAGACGCCGCGUUCCCCGACCUGGGCGGCGUCGGGCAGGACAGCGGCGCCAACAAGUCGCGCAUCCGCCGGACGACGGUGCUCGCGACGUCGCGGCGCCCGCGGCGGUCGCGGCGCAACGGCCGGACGACGGCGCAGCCGGAGACCGUCGCCGGGCCGGAGGCCGGGCGCGGGCGCCGCAUCUCGCGCAGGUCCUUCCUCACGCAGAGCGGCCUGAGCCAGGAGGAGGAGGAGUGA